UUGUGAUGCGUAUUCCCGUAGAUCCCAGCACCAGCCGGAGGUUCAGCCCGCCCUCCAGCAGCCUGCAGCCCGGCAAGAUGAGCGACGUGAGCCCGGUGCCCGGCGGCCCGCAGCAGCCUCAGCCCCAGAGCCAGCAGCAGGAAGCGGCGCUCCCGGUGCCCCGGCUGCGGGCGCACGACAACCGCACCAUGGUGGAGAUCAUCGCCGACCACCCGGCCGAGCUGGUGCGGACGGACAGCCCCAACUUCCUGUGCUCAGUGCUGCCCUCUCACUGGCGCUGCAACAAGACCCUGCCGGUCGCCUUCAAGGUGGUUGCACUGGGAGAGGUGGCGGAUGGCUCUGUGGUCACCGUCAUGGCGGGGAAUGAUGAAAACUAUUCUGCCGAACUCAGGAAUGCUUCUGCCGUCAUGAAGAAUCAAGUGGCGAGGUUUAACGACCUGAGAUUUGUGGGCAGGAGCGGAAGAGGAAAGAGCUUCACGUUGACCAUUACAGUCUUUACCAAUCCACCUCAAGUCGCCACCUACCACAGAGCCAUCAAAGUGACAGUGGACGGACCGAGGGAACCAAGACGGCACAGACAGAAGCUUGAUGACUCUAAGCCUAGUUUGUUCUCUGAGCGCCUCAGUGAUUUAGGGCGCAUUCCUCAUCCCAGUAUGAGAGUGGGUGUCCCAACUCAGAGUCCACGGCCCUCCCUGACCUCUGCAUCGAGUCCUUUUAAUCCACAAGGACAGAGUCAGAUUGCAGAUCCCAGACAAACACAGUCAUCCCCUCCAUGGUCCUAUGACCAGUCCUAUCCAUCAUAUCUGAGCCAGAUGACCUCUCCAUCCAUUCAUUCCACAACCCCACUGUCCUCCAGCCGAGGUACGGGGCUUCCAGCUAUCACCGAUGUGCCUAGACGCCUCUCAGGUGCCUCAGAGUUGGGUCCAUUCUCUGAUCCCAGGCAGUUUACAAGUAUUUCUUCACUAACGGAGAGUCGCUUCUCAAACCCGCGAAUGCACUAUCCUGCCACAUUUACGUACACGCCUCCGGUCACCUCAGGGAUGUCACUGGGUAUGUCAGCAACCACUCACUAUCAUACGUAUCUACCACCUCCGUAUCCUGGCUCCUCCCAGAACCAAAGCGGACCCUUCCAAACCAGCAGCACUCCUUAUCUUUACUAUGGUACAUCGUCUGGAUCUUACCAGUUUCCAAUGGUUCCAGGAGGCGAUCGUUCUCCUUCUAGAAUGCUUCCUCCUUGUACUACGGCCAACGGUAACACAUUGCUCAACCCAAAUUUGGGCAGCCAGAAUGAUGGCGUGGAUGCGGAUGGCAGUCAUAGCAGUUCCCCAACUGUUUUAAAUUCUAGCGGUCGAAUGGAUGAGUCAGUAUGGAGGCCAUAUUGAUCCCACCUCCUCUCCCGUUGCCUUGUAAUUUCUAAGACUAAUAAAAAACAUAUGGAAGUGCCUUCGACAUUCAAGAAAAUGCCUUUUAUGCGGUGUCAUAUUCUAUUUUGACUCCAAGACUUAUUGUUGCAAUAGAACUUUCUGAUCAAUAAUUGCCGCUACCGUUUUUUGUAAAAAAACAUGGCUAGAAGCACACUUUGCCUUAAACUAUUUUUCUCAUAUAAUAUUUAUAUUGAAUAAAAGACAUUCGAAAAAGAAUAGCUAAAAAGAAACUCAAUUAUUAUUGUAUCUCAAGGAGGAAGAAAGAAGAAGAAGAUGUAGGAACUUAUUCAUUCCAAUACCAAAAAAUGCUAUAAAAAAUUGUGCCUUAUAUAAGAAAAAAAGGGAAAACCUCAAACACAUCAAGAAGCUGCACAAAAUAUAUCGACGUGAUGAUCAAAAUGUUUCCACAAUUGAAUUUUUUGUGACGGUACAGACUUGGAACAAUGCAAAAUGCACUUCUCUUGAAAUUUAAAUUUCGCAUUUUACAAUUUUAACCAAAAAAAAUAUAAUGUACGAGCAAAAAUAUUUUUUCUAUGCAACAUGUAACAAUAUUAGCUCAAAAGGUAUGAAUUUUAUUGUUCUUUAUUUUUAAUUUAUCGGUAUGUGUAAACUUUUUGGUUUUCUUUUAAGUUUGAGUCAUCUUCAUGUUUUUUUUUUUGUUCUUUUUUUAAUUUAUAAUUAUUUAAUAAUAUUUGGACCCUCAAGUGUUUCUUUAUAUGGAAUUGUGUAGACAGGUCCCUAAACAAAUAUAUAUAUUUUAUAUUUUAAUUUUUAAAUUUCACAUAGGUAUAAAAUCGUCCAAACAACAUCAAUUAUGCGUCCAGGUAGAAAUCUAAUUACUAAAUGUACCUGUCAUACACUGUGGAAGCUGACAUUUGAUGGUUCUUAACCCCUGCUUGUUUUUGCCCUUACAGACCCAGCAUUUUUUUUGUUCAUUGUCACAAGAUCCAUACCAUUUUUAGUUGUUUUUUGCAGGAUCAAUUCUAUUUUUGAAUAGCACAAUUUUGGGGUACAGAUAUUGCAUUUAUUUGGGGGUGAAUUAAAAGUAUUCCAGCAUUUUUUUUGCUGCUUGCCAUGUGCUUAACAUGUUUAUUCUAUGGAUUACAACGAGGGAGUAAGACCUCAUGUACACGACCGUAUUUUGCCUUUUGAUCCACCUUUUUUUUACGGAUUGCACAUGGACCCAUUUAUUUCUAUGGUUCCACAAAAAAACAAGCAGCACAUGAAUGUCAUCGGUGUGCAUCGGUAUGUCCGUAAAUCAUUGAACAUGUCCCAUUCUUGCCCAUAUUGCAAACAAAAAUAGUAAUUUCUAGCAAUGGAAGUGAGAAAAAUGCAGAUUCCAUUUCCAUAUUUUGCAGAUCCGUGAUUUGCAGAUGAUAAUAUGGACAUGGUUGUGUGCAUGAGGCCUAAUACGAAAUAUGUCAAUUUUUAAAAAAAAUGUAGUUAUUUUUAUUAGUAUAAAUUAUGGAAAAACAAUUUUUUGUGUUUCUGCAUUCCAAAAUUGAUACAAAUUUUUUAUUUAUUUUUUGAGAGAUUUUAGGGCUUGUUUCCCUGUAGUUUUUAUUGGCACAGUUUACAUAUAAUUUACUAAUAAUUUUGUAUUAUUUUUUGGGGGGAGAAUGCAAAAUGCAAGUGAUAACAGGUCCCACUGUGCUAACGUUGUCUCCUACCACUGGCUAUACACACUUUGGGUGAGUGGUAUCGGCAUGUGACCCUAAGCUAAUGGUUCUGCCCACUGAAUGCCUGCUUCCACCGUAUGUAAACUUCAGGUAUUUAUUUACAGUCCAAAGAAUCUGAUAUUAUUUUGUGCCUUGUUUUUUUUUCUUUAUCUGUGCCUUUUUUUUAUGAGCCUAUGGAGUUCUGUCCUGUUAUAUACCAGGGGUAUCCUUACAAUGUGCUGCAAUGGGUCAUAAAAUGACAAAGUACAUUAAAAAUGAUCUUAGCUACAAGUAUUUACUGAAAUGAUGAUGUAGCAGUGAGCAAAUAAAUUAGCUAAUCGGCUUUAAAGCACCUUUAAAGCCACGGGCACUAUAUUUUGUAUCUAAAUUAUAUCAUGUUCAUGUAAAAAUGCACUGCGACCUUUGUAUGAUUUCUAUCUUGCACUUCUCAGUUCCAAAAGUUCUUGUUCAGAUGAUCGGGCCGGUUUGUGUAAAGGUGCAUGCACUUAAUGUUACUUCAUGUAUUAGCACUGAUGCCUCAACAUCUCACGAUCUUCUCACUUCUCUGAGUGUUAUGUCAAUGGAAAUGCAAUGGAAACAGGUUAUACUAAAUUUGUGUAAAAAUCUAGGAGAUGACCAUAGCCAUGUCUCAAUGUGAAUGCCCAAUAUGGGAAACACCAUUGAUUAGAUUUACAGUUGAUUUUUUAACUUUCCUCCAAUACAUUCUAGAAGAUUAAGUCAUACUACGAAUUAAAUGGUCUAUCCGUAGCCAGUUGCCUGGGGAACCUCCUCUACAAGGGUCUCGAAUCCGAGCCAAGACCUGAUAAUUGUGUAACUGUCAACAUGAAGGAGCCUUUACAGUGGUAAUAUACCAUACUACGUAUGUUGACCUUCUGAUGGUAUCUCUUCUAUGGUAGAGCUGGCUCUGCCUAAUCUUUGUUUUUAGAAUUUUUAUUUCUUCCGCUUGGCCCAAAAUGUUUAGAAACAUGAACAACUGAUGAACUUUACAGCCGUAACUGUCCUCAUUUUUGGUUUCCACCAUAAAUUGCUAGAUCACAACAGUAAAUUUUAAGUUUGCCUUAGGGCAAGAGGUUGGCCAACCAUCUAAUUUGUAAAGCGGCCUCCUUAAAGAAGAGAAAUUUAACAGCGGCUUAUUCCCAUCUCCCCUCUAAAAAUUAUGCUUGACUUAACCACCCAUGCAUGCAGGAGUAUGAGGAAGGGGGAAUGGCCUGUUCAAGUAAAUGGUGCUGAGCUGCAAUACCAAGCACAGCCGCUAUACAAUGUACGGCACUCUGCUUGGUAGGCUGUGAGCAGGCUAUUCUGAGAUUAGGUCAUCAAUAUGAAAUUCCCAAACCCUUUAAAUCUGUCAUGUAGGUAGUUAUAGUCAGUAUUUCAAAUUCAUUUUUUCCGUAGCACUUAUUAAAGCACAGUUGCACCCUGUUAAGAUAUAAUAUCAGGCCCAAUAUAUAAUUCCACCUGAUUCUAAUCCAAAACCAACCCCUAAUGUCAAUCCACAUUUCUAGUGGAGCAUUAAACUUCCACCACUGAUGUCCAAAAUCCAAGAAAUCCCUGUUGAAUUCACAGUGGUUGGAUGGGCCUUGCCAACACUGCAUGUGUAUUGGGUCAGCAGCCAUAUUUAGCCUGGUAUAGAGAAUUCAACCUAAACCUAUACUUAAGAGACAUAUGUCAGUAGAAGAUUUCCAAAGGGGCUGUAAGCUCGGAACCCCAAUAAUGAAACGACUGUAAUGAAGAGGUUGUCUUCAUUUACAGUGGUGCUGUGGAAUUUGCUAUUGGAAUAGGGUGGGAAUUUAAUGUUACAAAGCUUACAAAACUACUUGUUUGUAGAUGUUAUCCUCAAACAUGUAUCAUAAAGUCAGAGUCUAGCCCCAAUCUUGUCUGGUAUUGCACUUCUUGCCCUUCAUUAGCUUCAAUGAAGGGGUCAGAAAGGGUUUAAAAGAAACAUUACUCACCUCCACUGAUCCCCUGCCACUGCUCUGGUCCCUGCUACUACUCGCUCAACACGGCGGAAAAGCCAGGAAAGGGACACUCAGCCAAUCACCUGAGCAGGCCUUUCCUGGCACUUCCUGCCUGUCAAGCUGGGAGAAGAAGUUGAGAAGAACAGAACCAGCUUCAGAAUACAAGUGGUGGAGGAUGGUGGAGGUGAGUAAUGCUUUGUUAUUUAUAAGCCUUUCUGAUCCUUUUUUUUUAGUAUCUACCUGGAAAAGCCUUCAAAAUGUUUUAGAAGGGAUCUGCUGUGUACAGGGUAUGAAAGGGGCAUCUACCUGAUGUGAUAACCACCUUACUGGACACUCAUACUCAAUCCCACAACCAUCCCAUUAGAUAGUUACAUCCUUCCACUGUCCUGUCUAUACCCUAUGUAAUUACUGUCAUGUUCUUAUUUUUACAGCUUUUAUUCUUUAAUACUGGAAUUAUACAAUAUCACAUAAAACUAAGAAGUCAUUUUAACUUUCUUACAUAUUCAAUAUUUUUAUUUAUUCUUGUUCCCGACUAUGGGCUUGCCUAUUUCAUGAAUGCAUUCUUGUUGAUCCUGGAAUUUAGAAGAUAAGGCCAAUAAGAAGCUGUAAAGCUGGCUAUAAAGAUUGACUAGUUGUCAUCUGAAAGAUUUUCCCCUUUAUAUUCAUGUAAAUGAAUAUAUACUGUAUGUCCGAGGUGGAGGUGACCAUAAGCCAGUCCAAACCAUGGCUUUUACUCCUAAGCAAUUGACUGGGAAAGAACAAUGCAGACAAUCAAUACCCUCCUGGCUAUGAUCCUGAGUUAUGCCUCAAGGCCUCUUUUGAAGGUCGACCAUUGACUUAUAGGACAGAUACCUUCCCACUGGUGGCACCAGAGACUGACAACCACCAUAGUCAUUGACCCGUCCAAUGUUUAUUACCAGUUGAGAUGGUUCUUGUUUGUAUGCAUUGAUGUCAUGAUGCUUUCUCCUUAAAGAAAAUUUUCAUACACCCUAUUAGGGAAUUCUAGAGGGGGUUCCUCUGUUCAGGAUCCCUAAAAAGAGCAUCUCUUACUCUGGAGGACCUAUUCUGUCAUGCAUUACACAUUGACUUGUCUGGGCACUGUGUAAUGCGUAACUUCUCCUGUAGUCGCGCUGCAGGGACAUUGAUCAUUUACUGUGAGGUCAUCAGAUUACAGCUGAUCGCUUUGAGUUUGAAGAGUUUGCAGGACCACAUGAUCAGCUUAUUAUCAAAGGACCCUUUUAUCAAGUAGGGAUUGUCCAAAGUGGAGAACCUUUUUAAAGCCAACAAUCUGGCAUCAGGGCCCAAGGGGAUGGGAAUCAAAGCACACCAAAGAGAGAAACCUUCUACCAUGCUCUGCCCCUGAGAACCUGCCUUAGCAUAACGCCGAAUAUCAGUCUCAGUCGGAUGUUCCUUUAAGAAUCUCUUUUUUUAGGUUUCAUAUCUAUCCUUAUACUUUUUUGUCAAAAUCUCAUCCUUAUCAUCUUGAAUACCGAAACACAAUGUCUGGUUGUAGUAAUAAUUGUAUUGUGUCUGUUCUCAGGAAGCCAAGAAUACUCAGACACUUGUUAAUGGUGUCAAUUUUACAUUCCAAAAAGGUUGGUAAAACCCAGGAAACUCCUGCACCGAACAGUCACCCGAUGCCUGUUUUUCACGUUGUGUUUUAUCUAGUGCACGGUACAGCUAGUACAAAUGUUAUCUAUGCUGAAGUUUGAAAUAUAUGGAUAUUUCAUGUUUACAAAGGUCUGUGUUUUUUAUUUUUUGUACUUUUAUAAGAUAACACAUAUCAGCCAAAAAUAUGAUGAUGGAAAUUUUUAGCAUAAACUUUUUUUAAAAUCAACAUUUAAUUAGCUACUACGGCAACAUUCAAUGUUAUAUUGUCCCCAAAUUUUCUGAAACCAGAAAACUUGCAUUGUCUUGUACAUAGAAGCUUCUGUUCCAUUCGACGAGUUAUAUUUGCUUUACCUGCACAUGUUUUAUGUUGUAUUUUUCAUGGCUUUGCGUCUGUGGAAACGUUUACUAUCAUAUGAACGGGAUUUUUUUUUCUUUAAUAUUAUUUUUUGGCGUCUGUAAAUGAUACUUUGUUGCUCUGCACCUGAUUAUUAUUAUUAUUGUUAUUAUUAUAAGUGGAUGUUUGAAUUUUAUUUCCAAUAAAUUUCUUUUUGAUAAAA